AAGACCAGUAUGAACAUCUGUUGUGGAAGCCAUUUUUAUGGUUAUCAUCUCUCAAAACAAGAAGAUCCAUUUAAAGAAGUUAUGAAAUCUUCAAAAUUAAACAGUGAUGUUUGUAGAAAAACAAAUAUAAAUGGAAGUAACAUAAAACAAUGUAAUAUACAUGAAGGUGAUGAUAAACCAUACAGUUAUGUAACAUGUGGAAAGGAAAGUGUAACAUUGGUUAAUGUAAAACAACAGAAGAGAAUACCACAUGGAAAGAAACUGUACAGAUGUGAAAUUUGUAGUAAACAAUUUAGAUUUAAUAGUGGUUUGAAAAACCAUGAACAAAUACAUACUGGAGAGAAACCUUAUACUUGUGAAACUUGUGGAAAAAACUUUAGAAUAAGCCAUUUCUUAAAAUGUCAUGAAAGAAUACAUACUGGAGAGAAACCUUAUAGUUGUAACAUUUGUGGAAAGCAAUUUAGGCGUAGUACAGACUUAAAAAAACAUGAACGAAUACAUUCUGAAGAGAAACCUUAUAGGUGUUUAACUUGUGGAAAAGAGUUUAGAAUAAAUUGUGAUUUAAAAAAACAUCAACGAAUACACACUGGAGAGAAGCUUUACAUUUGUGAUGUUUGUGGGAAACAACUUAGAAGUAACUCUAGCUUAAAAAAACAUGAACAAAUACAUACUGGGGAGAAACCCUACAAUUGUGCAAUAUGUGAUAAACAAUUUAGGACAAAUAAUGGAAAAACAUAUCAUGAAAGAAUACAUACUGGUGAGAAACCUUACUGUUGUAGAGUUUGUGGAAAAUACUUCAGAUCUACAAGUGACUUAAAAACACAUCAAAGAAAACACACUGGGGAAAAACGUUAUUGUUGUGCAGUUUGUGAAAAACGGUUUCGAACAAGUAUUGAAUUAAAACGACAUGAAAUACGACAUACUGAGGAGAAACCUUACUGUUGUGAUAUUUGUGGAAAAGACUUUAAAACAAAUGCUGAAUUAAAGAGACAUAAAAAAAUACAUACUGGAGACAAACCUUACAGUUGUGACAUUUGUGGAAAACAAUUUGGAACUACUGGUAACUUAAAAAAACACAAACAAAUACACAGUGGGGAGAAGUCUUACUGUUGUGGAGUUUGUGGAAAAUACUUUCAAACCAUUAACGGAUUAAAAAUUCAUGAAAAAAUACAUACUGGGAAGAAACCUUAUUGUUGUGAUGUUUGUGGAAAAGACUUUAGGACAAAUCAAGAAUUGAAAAUACAUCAAAGAAUACAUACUGGAGAGAAACCUUACAGUUGUGACGUUUGUGGAAAACAAUUUAGAAGUAACUCUAGUUUAACAAAACAUGAACGAAUACAUACUGUGGUGAAACCUUACACUUGUGUAGUAUGUAGUAAACAGUUUAGAACAGAUGAUGAUUUAAGAUAUCAUAAAGGAACACAUACUGUAAGAACUCUUACUGCUUUACAUGCUUUACAGUAAAUGAAAAAAAAAUUCAAAUUAACUCUACAUUAAAAAUGCAUCAAAGAAUACAUACUGGGGCAAGACCUUACAGUUUCACAGUUUAUGGAAAACAGUUUGGAACAAAUAAUAAAUUAAAAAUGCAUUAGAGAAUGAACACCUGGGAUAAACUGUACUUUUGUUUACUGUUUGAAAAGAGUUUGAAACAAACUGUAACUACUACUCAAUGUGGUUAUUGUUUAAAUUUUAUUGAACCAGAUGAGACAGGAUUGAUGUGUACAGAUCUAUCUUUAGUGUGUUUUUAAUAUCUUUAGUUGGAAAUUAUUGUGUGUUAGUGUUUGUCUACUGUAAACCUUUCUAUUGAACAAGAUGAGAUAAAGUUGAUUGUUGUGAUACUAUACCAUCAUAUUUCAACAGUUGAAUUUGUCUACUGUAAACCUUUCUACUGA